AUGAAAACCCAUGUAAAUCUUCUGCGGAGUCCGAGAUCUAAUAUAAGUGAUUGCUCACCGUACGUUUUGAUAAUUGAUUCAUUAGCCGCUACUAAGGACAAUUUAGUGCUUGUCGUAUGUUGUCUGCGUGAGAGAUGGAGUAGGAUGAUGCUGAUUUCUGCUCCAGUAUCGACUAAAAAGUCUGAGCCAGAAAUACGAUCCCUGAUGUGGAAGAGGCGGCUAACAUGUUGGCCAGUGACAGCUGCCGCCAUUACUGUCUGGCCACUUCGUUUUCCUGAUGGUCUGGCUUGUUUGUUGUGA